CCCGCAUGAUUGUCGUUGUUGCAAAGGUGACGCAAUCCGACACACACACACACACGUGACACACACGUCUGACAUGAAUUAGUCGAAAUCACCGAUAGUACACCACCAAUAUGGUCGUCGAGUCACACCCACUCACGCACAUGACGCACACGGCAUACACCAACCACGACCAAUGCUGCCGGACCGAAUGUCGCUAGCUGUCUGUGUCGCACCGCUUGUCCGUCCGUCCGUCCGUCCGUCUGUCACUUGUAGUUGCCGACGUUGAAGUCCUCCUCCGAGUAGAAGGACGCCACCUGACAGAUAUUACAGUUACACGCGCACGCACCCCUGUCUGUCGCCUGUUGGUGACCACCUCAUCUGCCCACUUACCACAGUGCGGUUCUGGAAGGUGCGGCCCGCCAAACUCUGCCGGCACACCUUGGCAGCUGACGUGAGUGACGUGGGGGACACGCGCACACACACACACACACACACGCUCGGCGUGAGCUGUCAGGGUCGUACUACGCGUGGCGCGUCUUUGUGCUUGACAGAACAGACUGACCGGCGACGUCCGAGAAGUGGAUGAAGAUCUUGCCGACGCCGCCUUUGGUCUUGCCUAACUCAGGCCUGCACGCAACGCAAUCAAAUCAAAUCAAGGCACACGCAGGUAAACACACACACACACACGCCAAUCGAAGACUGCCUGCCUCUGCGCGUGUGUGUGUGUGUGUGUGGUUGUUUGCUGACCUGGGUAUGACGAUGUUGACGCAGCUGCCGAACUGGCUGACCUCAUUCAGCACGUCGUGGAAGAUCUCCUGAUACGUCUGAGAGAGGGGUCGGUCGCCACACACACACGACAACACAGACCUGUGUCCUGUGUCCCGUGUCCGCUUCGAUUGGUGUGUCUGGGUCCUUCCUCCCUCCCCUCCCUCACCAUACCAAGUCGUUCUGGAGAUCCUGUGUGCUGACCAUGUUGAGCAGCUGAACCACACGGGACGGCCGCAUACCCUACACACACCACAAGACCACACACACAUGCCCCGCCCACGCGUGUGUGUGUCGUGUCUUCUCUCUCCGUUCCCUCCCCUCCCCUCUCUCUCCGUGUGGUGCUGACUGACUGACUGACCAUUUUGGUUGUUGCCGUGAUCUGAUACAUGAGCAUGGCGUUCUUGGCCACCCCCCCACCGCCCCCACUCUUCGCCGCCGCCUCCUUGGUGGGUUGCCCACCAGCACCAACCACACCCACACCAGGGAUCUUGACCUCCUUCGCCUCCUUGGCCUCACGCGCCUUCGACGCACUGAUGAUCGCCUCUAUGUCCGUCACAGACAGGUCGCCAAUCCCACCACCACCACCACCAGCGGCAGCAGCAGCCUUGUGUUGGCGAGACAGAGAGGGGAAGUCGGGCGAUGAUGCAUCGAGAGAAGGCGCGAGCAGCGAGGGGGGCAGGACGGGAGGUGUGGAGGCUGCGGCAGCUGCGGCUGCCUGUGGGUUUAUGGGCGUGGGCACGGAUGAGGCCGGCGGGCCGUUGGCGAACUUGCACCGGAGCUCGCGGCCGACUAAGUCGAGGCCAUUGAGGCUGCAGCAGGGAGGGAGAACAGAGAUAUACAGAGGGCGGGGUGUGGACGUGUGUGGUCGUGUGUGGUGGUGUGUGGUUGGUUGCUCACCCUGCGAUGGCGACGUGUGCGUCGGAUGGUGUGACGUACUCGAAGAAGGCAUAGCCCUGAGGGAUCCAACAGACAGACAGACAGACAGAAGACAUAGAAUGUCUUCCGGGUGCAUCGUCUCACCUUUGAUAGUGGCUGUCCCUUGUCCCUGACGAGGUUGAAGUACUUGAGCCGCCCAAACGUCCCCACAAACUGCUGCACCUGCUCCUCAGUCAAAUCACGAGGAAUGUUACCUGGACCAAUGCAUCCCACGGGACAGGAAAUCCACCCCACCCUGCACCACUCCCCUGGUCUGUCUCCCUGACUCUCACUGACCGAGGUAUAUCUUGUAGUCAGUAGCGAGCCCCGCCUGGUCGUUGGAGACCACCCCGAGCUGUGCGGCUGCUGCGGGCUGGAAGGAGCUGCCGGCAGCGGUGCCCGAGAGGAUGUCGCGAGUGUUGGGGAUGUAGUCCCGCGGACGACGGAUACGCAGCUGCUGCCUGUGUGUGACGCAUCGGACAGGACACACAGACACAGAGGAUUGUAUGGGGCUGGAGAUGAGCGUCUGCCUUUGUCUGUCUAGGUGUAUGUCUGUGUGUGUGUGUGUGUGUGUGUAUGUCUGUGUGUGUAUGUCCCCACUCACUCACCCACUGAAGUAGAUGCCGUCAAGUCCGAUGGCGACGUUGGCGUCUUCUGCGCUGCGGAACUCACAAAAGGCGUAGCGCUUCUCCAACGACACCUAUACACACACGCACACACACGCACAAACCCGAACAAUCCCGCAUUGCAUUGGAAAUAUAUCCCUCCCGCCCGCCGACCCACCUACCUGGACGGCGACCACUUUCUCGGUGUCCUCCUCCUCCUUCCCUCUGCCCUUCUCCCUCCACCUCAUGCGCCCCUCCCUCCUGUCGUUCUCGUGCUGCAGCUCCUGCAGCGCCGUCUCGAAGAACACCUUGAGCUCAGCGUCGGUCACCACCUGCGGGAUGUUUCCCACAUACAGCCGCCUGGCCUGCCGGGCCUGGUGGUUCUGCAUGGCCAGGCCCUGCACCGCAGACGGGGUGCCAUCCUCCCCGCCGCCCGGCAGCGGGCCGCUGCCCAUGAUGCUGCGGAAGGAGAACUUGCUGCUGGAUCCCUCCUCGUCCUUGGGCACCUCAUUCGGCGUGGCAUCCCACAUGGACCGCCGCCGCGCCCUGCUCCUGUUGUUGUCCUUGCUCGUGCUGCGCGCGGCCUCCUUGUCGUCUCUGUUGUCUCGGUCGUUGUCUUUGCGGUUGGGGCGUUGUGGCGGCGGUGUGAUGGACUGGCGAGAGGGGGAGCGGAUCCGUGAGCGGGAGCGGGAGGGGCUCUUCCUCUUGCGGGAUGGGCGCCUUCGGCCGCCCCUGUCGGUGUCGUUGUCUUUGUCGUCUUUGUCGUCGAUGUCCUCGCUGUCUUGGCGUCUGUGGCCGCGGGGGUAGGGACGCUCCUCCUGACCACACACACACACAUGCACAUAGCACGGCACACCAUCACACAUUACUUAAUGGUCUCCAUCCAUCUCUUCCACUUCAUACCCUUUUCGGCGGUUGCCUGUCAUCAUCCUGCUCAUAUCUCUGUCGCGCCCCCGCCCCCGCCCCGAAGCCGCGCCUCUCCCUCUCCCUCUCUUGGUCCCUCUCCGCAUCUCUGCCAUCGUUGUGGCGCACUGUCUCACGGCCCGUGUGUGGCUGCUGCCGCCUGUCGUACUGGUCCAUGUAGCUGUCAUACUGACGCCUGCCGCGGGGGGCGCUGUCGUCGUCGUAUGCUCUCUUGCCAAAGUGGCCGUUUGAACGAGACGAGGGCCUGAAAACACACACACAACGAUAAGGCGAGACGACACAGAUGUGUGUGAAUGAAUGAGUGGGUGUCUCUCUGACUGGCCAGGGCAGGGCACACCUCACCCACCUGCCGUUGUUGUCGUCUCGAGGCCUUGAUCGUGGUCCCGCUGAAAAGACACACACAGAGAAGAGAGAGGAGAGACAGUGUGAGAUCGGGGACCUGUACCGACGGCAGUCCAUUAGCAAGGCAAGGCCAGCCGGAUGCAGUGUAAACACCCCAGCGCAGCCCACGUAAACACCGCACAGUCACAGGAAAGGUCUCUCUUUGUUCUAGAAAAGGACGGAGGAGGCAGGCAGCCAAUGGAUGGAUGGAUUGACCUAUAUAGAUGUGCGUAUCAUGUUCUGUAAGUCUAUUCCCUUAGAUAGAUACACUCAGUGUCGUGCCUGCUGCGCUGCGCUGCGUCCCUGCAUCCAUCCCUACAUAAAUCUACUGCGUGGCUGCCGUGCGGUGCCGUGGCGCCUGGCCUGCUGCUGUACUGAAUGGAAAACCACGUGAUGUGUGUGUGAGCCAUUACGGUAGCCUACCGAGCACCUCCUCAGAGAACGGAUUGCGCGCCCUGGACGGAGCAGAUGGCUUCCUCACAUCCCGGUCGUCGUCCGGCCGUCGGCCGCCGUUCAUCUGGCGGCCUCGGUCUGGCGAAUACGACUCCUCAGAGCGACUGAAGGACACAUCAAGGAAGGACACACAACACGGGGACACACAGAAGAGCCAAACACACACACAUAGGAUGAGAUGAGCAGCACUGUCCGUUGCCUUGCCUUGCGUGGCGUGUGUUGUGGUGUACAGGUAGGUAACAUACAUACCUUUCAGAGCCGUCGUCCCUGAGGCUGCGGCGUCUCUCCCGACGCCCAUCUCUCUCGGAGUAAUAUCGGCCAGACAUUGUCGCCGUAGGCAAUGCCUUGCUCUCAACACGCCAAU